GGGUGUCCGAUACUAAAUAAAGCACUCAUGAGCAAGUAGAGCAGACUAAAUUGAGUCGAAAAGUUCUCUACCAUUUUGUAAUUUUCUCAAUAGUUUACGAAAAAUUAAUUACUAAAGAUCGCCGAAUAAGCGCGGCCCAUCGUCAAAUGCAAUCGUGUCCCCAAUGCAACAAGUCCCUGUUGCCUAGCAACGUCGAACGCUGGGUGGUCGUAUGCAUUUGGCGAUGAGCUGUGAGAUCGCUUAUUCGGUGAUCUUUAGUAAUUAAUAUCUCGUAAACUAUUGAGAAAAUUGCAAAAUAAUAUAGGACUUUGAUUCAAUUUAGUCUGCUCUACCUGCCCACAAGCACUUUAUCAUUCAGUACCUAACACCCUCCGUUGGGAGAGAGGGAGAAGGGGAGAGAGAUACACGCGCACAUAUACACAAACAAAAUGUUAUGUGUGCUUUUGAAUGCGUGCGUGCGUGUGCAUGUGAUUACGUGUGUAUGUAUACACACAUAAUAUAUAUACAUAUAAAUGUCUCAGUGUAAAACAAUUUGCAAACAUCUCCAUUUUAUGUUAAAAAACUUUUAUGAUAUCGAAUAGCACAGAGAAACACGGAACACAAAGAUAAAACAGUACUUUCAUUGCAGUGAUAUCAUAGUACAUACAUGCGGCAAAGUAAACAUUGUAUUUGUAGGAUAGUAAAGUAUAAUAUGGGGUUUUAUAUUUUCCAAUCAAUAAUAAGCUUUGGUAAAAAAAAAAAUCUUAUUCCAUGCAUACAAAGUCCAAGGUGAUGAUACGAGGUACGAUACGAUCGUUACACAUCGGAUGCAUUUGUAAGGUAAAUUAGAUCCAUCCAAUUAAAGUAUAAAGUUUAUAUAUACUAGUAGUAUUGUGGUAUAAUAUAUAAUAUAUAAAGAAUACUGCAAUAUUAUUUAUCGAAACAAAAAUUUCUUAAUUUUUAUUUUACUUCAAAAUUGUUGUGAGAACUGUUGUAUGGAUGAAAUGAAUAUGAAAUAUUCUUAAAUGAAUUAUGCUGUCCGAGUUAUAUCUAUCACAUUCAUUAUACGAUCGUAACGUGUGUUUUAUAAAUUAUAAUGUACCAAUGUGCGCUGCAGAUUAAAAAUCUGGAAUAGCUCCAAUUCAACUAUAAAUUAUAAUAUAAAAAUUUUGAUUGACGAAUAAUUGACAGAAAAAUCCUAUCAAACACAAUAAAUCAUUGUUGGCAAUGAACAUGCCACGCGGAUUAUCCAUUUUAUGUAUAUGCCUUUAUUAUCAAUUUAUAUACGAUAACCUUUUAAUAUGCGUUAGGGCAUCCAACCAAUUUCGCUGUGUUGCAUCACGUGGACUGUGUAUGCUUAUUUAUAGAUAAAUAAGUGCACUCUAAUGAAACACUUAUAAUUUCUGAACCUAUAAAGCUUAAAAUACAAUGUUGUUGAACGGAGUAUCAAUUUGCCUUCUAUUAUUAAACCCGUUCCUAUUGGAGUAGUUGCAGGUAAUCCUAAGAUAUGCAAUACCUAGUUGUGACGCUGUAACGCUUGGAGUAAAAAUUUAAACCCAACGUACUACUAUUUAGAUGAUAUAGGUUUUGUGAAGUAAAUAAUAACUGAAAUUCUCACAUGAAGUCCAUUUGCGAUUCCUGCAAUGAAAAUGAACGUGGUUCUUUAAUUUUUUUUCUAUAUUCCUUUCUUUCUUUUUUUUUCUUGUUUUAUAAAGAAUUAACAAAGAAAAAGAUGAAAAAUGACGUAUCGAUGAUGUUUUAUUUUGAUUUCAUAUAUUUGGAAUAUGCUGGAAUAUGUCAUAAAUGUUAUAUUCAAAGUUGUCAUGCUACAAAACGUGGGCAAUUCUUCAACUAGAUUUCAAUUAAUGGCAAGACCUAAUUAUUCUCAAUUCACUGUCAUGAUCGAACCUAAAACACAAACAGGCAGUAUUUCUCCAGGAAUGUAUAUAAAAUUGAUUAUUUAUUUUCGUUGCGACAUCUUGGACGAACCUGAAGAAACGUUAGUAAUAAAUGUGCAGCAAGGACGUUCGGUAAUUGUUAAAUUACGCGGAUAUCGAGACCCACCAUUGUUGAGAGUGAUUAAUCUCCCCUAUUUCCGAUAUUCACUAAAAAAACUGCAAAUGAUGGUAAAAAACACAGAAUGGAUUAUGGAAACUCCAUAUCAACAAACGGAUUCUUACGAGGAGGUACAGUUCUAUUUUCUAAUUUUUAAUAAAAUUCGAAAUAAUCACGCAGUGGCUUAUUUUAAGAUAUCAUUUGCAAAUGGAAACUCCCAGUCUACCGAUACAAAUAGAAGUACAGCAAACACAUCUACAGAAAGCGUGACAAGUUAUAGAAAAUUAAAGAGCUUUGAUUGCGGGAAAUGUCUCGUAGGUGACCAAAUUACUUUAACCGUGAUGAUUAAAAAUGUCGGCGGUGAGGGAAGAUUCUUCAUUAUAAGCGAGAUGGAUUGGUGUUCGAUGCACAUCGAGGAUAUUACUAAUAAUAAUAUGUUGAUUUUGCCAUCUUUCGCCAUGUGGCCUGUGUAUUUUACCCUCAAACCGCAAGAGCAUAUAUAUCUGUACCUCUACUUCUUUCCUGAUGCUCAUGGAAUGCAUUAUCUUUCCUUUUUUCUAAAAUUAGGUAGAAACAUUAUAUGCCAUUUGCAACAACUGUUCCGUGAUCACAACAGAGAUUAUUGGAGAUGGAGUUGUGUAUGAACAAUAAUAAAAUAAAAGUAGAAAGGAGAUUUCGCUGCAAGGGAACGUAAGAACGAAGUUGUGCCGAUGUGAUUGUAUUAUAUAAUUGCGGUCUUUGAC